UGGCAACAAGCAUCAGACAGAAUCUUGACUAAAGUAGUGAGUAAAGUGUUUCGACUAUGGCAUGACGCACAUUGUGCCUUGUAGCAGAAAUGCGGAAGAAUUAAAGGCCUCUCGCAGCAAGGGUCAACAUCUCCCUGUGACAGGCAGAAGAGAGCACAGCGGAAAGCCAUGCAUUCGUGGGGAAGUGCUUUUGUGUCACCCUCUCAGCUUUUUUGUGCCGUGAGCUGUUAAAGCUGGAGUGGCUCGUUUAGAGCGAUAGCAGCCAGGAAAAUCAGGAGAAACAUUGGCAGAGCUUCGCCGUGUUGUUUGGAUGCUUAGAGAUCUCAAGAAAUUAAAUGAGCCCAUCCCUGCGGGAGCUGCUGCUUCUCACGUUUGUUUUAAGCAUUUCUCCCUGGUAAAUAUUGCUUAAACAGCUGAUGCUUUGCUCCAGACUGCCUGAGGAUAUGAGUCUGCAUGUCUCUUAUCUCUCUUUACAACACAAGCACUUUCCUGCCACAGAGCCUCUCACUCUCUCCUGACGUCAGAUGAUAAUAAGCAUUUUACAGGAUUCUCUCUGAGCCCCUGGACUUGCCAUUUUGCACCUGGGACCCACUGAUAGCGGGGGGAAUAGGAGGGUGGCAGAAAGCUUUCUCAUAAGUGAGGACAAGACAUUCAUCAUAAAAGUGCAACCUCCAAACUGAGCUGGGAUGCUUUAAGCAGCGAGAAGUUUCGGGGGGUUUGGUUGCAUACAUGUCAUUAUCCACAGGAGCUGAUUAUGUCCAGUGAUCGCUUCGACAACACAACAGUGAAAGACGCUGGACUAAAAGAUCUGUUUCUGGUAAAAGCUGAACUGGAGUUUGUCCAGAUCAUCAUCAUAAUUGUGGUUAUAACAGUAAUGGUGGUAGUGAUUAUCUGCCUUCUUAAUCAUUACAAACUCUCUUCAUGGUCCUUCAUUAACCGCCAAAGCCAAAGUAGAAGACAGGAAGAAGUCUUGCAGCCGGAAGCCUGUUUGUGGCCAUCGAACAACUUGGUGGCGCGACAAGGAGCAUCGGAGAUCAUGUAUGCACCAAGGUCAAGGGACAGGUUCAUUACUCCUUCCUUUAUGCAGAGAGAUCGUUUCAGCCGUUUCCAGCCAACGUAUCCUUACAUACAGCAUGAAAUUGACCUCCCUCCGACAAUCUCCCUCUCUGAUGGUGAGGAACCUCCACCCUACCAGGGGCCAUGCACACUGCAGUUACGGGACCCAGAGCAGCAGAUGGAGCUCAAUCGAGAAUCUGUCAGAGCACCCCCAAACAGAACCAUUUUUGACAGCGACUUAAUAGAUAUUUCAGUGUAUAAUGGGGGGCCUUGCCCACCAAGCAGCAAUUCGGGCAUCAGUGCAACCAAUUAUAGCAGCAAUGGCAGAAUGGAAAGACCGCCACCGACUUACAAUGAAGUCAUGGGACAUUAUCCAGGGUCGUCUUAUUUCCACCACCAGCAAAACAACACUUCUCCCUCGUCUCAGAGAGGCAGCAGGAUUCACUUUCAACAGAACAAUUCAGAGAGAACAAAAGUCCCCAUCAAUGGAAAAGAUAGGCAGCCAGGAAACCUUGUCUAAAGUCCUACAUGUACUUGGUCUGAAUGAAAUCACCAGAGCAGCAUGAUGGCCCCAUGGGAUCCAGUACACAAAGCUGCAGAGUUUCCAGUGGUACAGUUUAGUUAUACCAAAUGCAGUGUGCGUUUGCUGUAUACUUUACUGAAACAACUCACUCAAGCUUCCUUUUUUGAAUCACCUAAAGCUGUUGUAAUCAGGAAGAAUCGAUUUACUAUUUCAGUCAUUUCAGUUUUGGAAACAGCACAGAAAACUAGCCAGCAGAGCCACUAACGGCAGUGACAAAUAAUGGUUACAGUGCUCGUUCGGCACCAAGGCUAAGGACUUUGGAAGAUGGCCAGUGUUUCUUGUUUUUUUUUAAUCAUGUUUUGUUUUUCUACUUUCAGGGAAACUGUAAGGGAAGUGUUUAUUUUAUAGGAAUCCAUAUUUGUAGCGUGUGUGCCAAGAUCAACUGGAGAGGUCUAAGCUGAAUGCAAGGAGUUGACUGAUGAAUGGAAAAUAGGUAUUCUGAUAAAUUGCACUAAAUGAUUGUUGCGACUGUAAAUGUGAGAGGAGUGGGCUUACAUUUCUGCUUACAUGACUUACAUUUCUUUUCGUUGUGUGGUCAGCUGGGGUGCAUUCCCCACUAUCAGAUUUUGCUGGCCAUAUGAUGCCAUAGAAAGUCGGUAUUUAGUGGGCUGGUGGGGGCUGUUUGGCCCUUUGUGUGGGCUGAUUGGGCCUCUGUGUACCUGAAAUGCCAGGGCCUAUUUUGAUUCUCAGUGCAGACCUGGGUUGUAGAUUACUUUGCUGGGUUUAAUACUCCCCAGGAUAAGAUGCCAGAGUCUGCCCUGUCACUGCUGUAUAAUUCCAAGCAUAUAGUUCUCCUACAGCAGCUGCCUUCUGGAACCCUAGGAGUCAGCAGAGUUGGAGCAACAAGAGUGAGACAGCCACACAUUGCACAUACCUAGAGUAGACAGUCAAGGUGCUUUUGCCACAAACAAUAUUACCACUGUGCGUUUGGACCUAUGAAAGGAAUUGGUGAGAAUAUUCAAUUGUCAAACAAAUGAGACCCAAGUUCUUCACAUUUUACUAGCAGUUUGGUUCUGGUUUGAUGUAACAUUUGCCACCAAGUGCAGAAAAAAAUGCAUUUGUUUGAUCAAAAAGGAUCUUUCCUGUUAAAUCUUCCACCAUUGUAAAGAAUUGGAUUAUAGUUAGAGGCUAAGAAGAGAAGGCCCUGAAUAACGCAGUGUGGUAGCGUUUGCAUUAUUUAAAUCCAGGAUAUCAAACCAGUUUCUCCAGCUCUUGUUAAACUACUGCUCCCAACUUUCCCUGACAGUCUUUAAGCGUCAUUAGGAUGCUGGGAUUUUGUAGUUUACCAGUAAGAAAAAAAGCUCAGGUUGUACAGCCUGGUAUAAAUCUGCAGACUAACUUUUAACUUAUUGUACAAUGGGAUGUUGUAUAUGCAAAUGUCGCUUUUAAAAACAUAUUUAAGGCCUCCGUACCAAAACCUUGAGUAAGAUAUGUUGCAGGACGCUUCUAGUAAACACAGCCUGGAAAGGCUACACUAAUGAAUUUCAGUAAAAUACAGUGAGUUUGGAGCAGUCAAGUAUCUUUCAUAUAUUAAGUACCCCUUCAUUUUUUAUAUGAUCUUGUAAACUUAACCAAUAACUGAUGGGCCCACGGCUGCCACUGACUCUAUAGAUGUCAACCUUCCCACACUGCCAUUUGAAACUGUUUUUUUAAACACCCCAAUUUGACACCCAGGCUAUGCUCUCAUUUACCCUUACCAACCCACUUGCUCCACCCAAGCCAGUUAAAUAAAUAUGGAAGACUCCUAAAAAAUAUGGGAGAUCAGACAUAUUUGUGGCUUUGCUACAAUCUGCACUGUCCAACUCCUACCCUUUUAUAUUCCCACAAAAACAACAUUCUAAACAAAUCACAUUUGAUCAGAAGUAACUGAGGUAUGUGUGCAGACUCAAGUAUCUCUUUAAGGGCUCAGAACAUGCCUCAUAAACCGUCUGCCUAUUAUUUUACAUUUCAGGAUCUUCAUGCGGAAAAGGGAAAGUUGAAUUGGGGAGCUAUUAGUGCAAGCCCUGUCUAUUCUUCACUGUUUAAAUAGCACAAGAAGAAAGUCAUUAAAAAUCAAAUUACUUGCAGUACAUAUAAUGGAUUUUAUAGAUAAAUGUAUUAUUUUAAUCUUACUAAAAUCCUUGCUCUGAAAGGGCUCAUUAGCCAGAACUGCUUAGCUGUUUCCCCCCAUGCUUUUUGGACAUUUUAACAAAUAACAGUGCUAAUAACCAUUUUUAUAAAAGUGCAGUCCUGUGGCACUAUGUGCCAUUUAAUUGAUUCCUUCUUGCUACCGACCUGUUCCUUUUAUUUCUCUAUGUAACACUGAAUAAAUAGGGGCCAAUGCUGAUGCCCACGUUACUUUGCUUCUGCUUCAGGCAGCUGGGGCUGAAAUACAUUGCAAAAACUCUACCGAAAAUACACAAUGAAACAAUAUCUUCAUUUUAACAAACAUGGAUUUGGAUGUAUGAGCUUUAGCUUGGGGUAGAUUGUGACUAUGCCUCUGCUCCCAUUGGCUACAAAUUUGUCCUAGUGAAGCCCCACUCAACCAGUGAAACCUACUCUAAUCUGUAACAGAUUGAAAUCAGUUUUAUAAACACCCAUUUCUGUUUUAAAGAAUAAAAUGACAUAUUCGUUGAGAA